AUGUCCGAUCCAAAAAACUACACUGUUGGCUGGAUUUGCGCUAUCACCACUGAAUAUGUUGCCGCCCAAGCCUUUCUCGAUGAACAGCAUGAAGGCCCGAAAUACUUGCCGUCUCACAACGAAAACAAGUAUACUCUAGGCAGAAUAGGAAUACACAAUGUGGUUAUUUCCGCUCUACCUUUGGAUUCAUACGGUACCUCCUCAGCAGCGCGAGUCGCCAGAGACAUGUUACAAAGCUUCCCUAAUGUUCGAAUCUGUCUAAUGGUCGGCAUCGGUGGCGGAGCGCCGAGCCCAAAGAAUGACAUUCGACUUGGUGAUAUUGUGGUUAGCCUUCCCCUUAAUGACCAAAGUAGCGUCAUUCAGUACGAUUUCGGUAAAACUAUAGAAGGCCAAAGCUUCUAUCCUACGAGCUUUCAUGAUCAGCCCCCUAUCGUUCUCCGCGCAGCGGUUAACAGGCUUCAGGCCCAGUAUGAGAUAAAGGGUCAUCAACUUAAAGAGUUAGUACGUCACGCUCUUAGGGAACAGCCACGGCUACGGAAGAGAUACAAGCGACCAGAUCGAGAAAGUGACCGACUUUACCAGAGUCAGGUCGUCCAUCCACCUUCACCUGAAGUUGGAUCAAAUUGCACUAGAGAUUGCGGAGAUGAUUCAACUAGCUUAGUCUUGCGAUAUCCACGCUCUGAGGGUGAAGACAACCCGGCGAUUCACUAUGGUUUAAUCGCAUCUGCCAAUCAGCUAAUAAAGGAUGCUCUGAUCCGCGAUAAACUUGCUGCGGAAAUGGGUGUCUUGUGCUUUGAAAUGGAAGCGGCUGGGCUAAUGAAACAUUUCCCAUGCCUUGUGAUCCGCGGUAUCUGCGACUACUCCGAUUCACACAAGAAUAAAGAAUGGCAAGGGUAUGCGGCAAUCGUCGCAGCAGCAUAUGCUAAGGAUCUUCUAUGCGAAAUUGCUCCUCAACAACUAGAGCGAGAAGAGAGGAUUAUAGAGAUCAUUAGGCCACGUGUCGACCUUAUGGCUCGAACUACAGAUCGACUCGAUCAGAAUUUAGCCUUUGAUAAACUGCCCGAUGAACUGCCCCUUGCAAGUGGAGCCGAGUAUGGCUCAUACCUGGACCAAAAUGAAGCCGAGUGUCUUCCGGGUACGAGAACCGAGCUCCUUCAACAGAUAGAAGAAUGGGUUUCCUCACCAGGCGGAAAGUGCCUAUUUUGGUUAAAUGGGAUGGCUGGAACAGGGAAAUCCACAAUAUCUCGGACUGUGGCAAAGUUGCUCAAGGAAACCAAUCAACUAGGAGCAAGCUUUUUCUUCAAAGGGGGUGAAGGUGAUCGAGGGAAUGCCACAAAACUGUUCCCGACACUCGUAAGGCAACUAGUGCUCAAGUGCCCUGGGCUGAUUACUGGCGUCCGGAAGACGCUCAGUGACGAUCCUGACGUUGCCUCAAAAUCGCUUAGCGAGCAGUUUGACAAAUUACUCCUUCAACCGCUUCUCAAUCUUGACCAAUUCAGCCAGCAACCUCAAAUCGCUGUGAUUGUGAUUGACGCUUUGGAUGAAUGCAAACAUGAUGAAGAUGUACUAAACAUAAUCCGGCUACUGCCUUUGUUACAGAAGGCACGCGUUGUUCGGCUACGAGUAUUCUUGACAAGCAGACCUGAGCUGCCAAUUCGCCUCGGAUUUCAGAACAUCGCGAAUAAUGAUUAUCAGGGCCUAACUUUCCAUGAGAUCUCCAAGAAAGCGAUGGAAAAUGAUAUAUCUUUAUUCCUAAAGGACCGAUUUGCGAAGAUCCGACUCGAGAGACAUAUUUCUCGGGACUGGCCUGGAAACAAUGUUAUUCACUCAAUUAUAACAUUCUCGGUUCCGUCAUUCAUUUGCGCCGUUCUUGUGUGCCGUUUCCUCGAGAAUCCUCAUAUUGACCCCGUGGAUAGCCUUACCAAGAUCCUUCCACAGCUCACUGAGGAGUCUAAGCAGCGUGGAACGUAUAGUCAGAUUUUAAAUCGACUACUCAACAAACGCAUUGAGUGUGAAAGGCAGGAGAGUGGAGACUGCGAGACUGAAUAUGAUAACGAGAACUCAGCGUACAACCCAAGUGACAUCGAAAGCAUCUUCUCUACAGAAUCGUUUCAGUCUUCUCAAUCAUCCCAGGGCGAAAUCACCUCCAUCGCUAUAUCUGAGCUAACCAAUUUACUUCUGAAUGACGACGAGUUGAAGCUUCUAUAUCCAAUAGCCAUCUCGAAAGUUGGCCCUGAUAGAUUUCAAAGAAACUUUGCCCGGAUCCUAAGAAAUUAUGGGCGACGCUUAAAUGGCGAAGCAUCAAAUGAAAUUCAACGUCAAGCGGCACAAUUUGUUCGGCUGUCUGCGCGGCAGACAUCAGCUCAACUUCGCAUAGCGCUCAUGCAAGGUAGCAGCGGACUUCUUAUAGGAAAGAAACUGGUAUCGAAGUCGGCUCAAGUCAACGCGUGGAUAGCGUCACAAACGGGGGGUCGUCCGUAUUCGAAUGCGGAUGCCAACGAGUCGUCAACGGACAGCGAUUCGACUAGUUCAGGAAACGGUCAUGAAAGCUCUCUUGGGACCCUUGAAGAGGUGAAAGUGUUUAUGGUAUCAACAAAAGCAUUUCCCGGGCUGCGCCAAGAAUUCCGGGAAUGGCUAGAAGUCAAACGGAAGGAUAGCCGCAAGGGUUUGAAUGAGAAGAUUGAGGAGCCUCUUGCAGUCCACAAAAUCGACAGUACCUCAAACCUGAACAUCGCACAAGGUUAG